CGCCUCUUCACUGUCGACGUUGACACUGGCGUUUGGGUACCAUUUAAAGAAGCUGCCAGUUGAGGACCUGUGAGGCGUCUAUUUCUCAAACUAGAGACUCUAAUGUACUUGUCUUCUUGCUGAGUUGUGCACCGGGGCCUCCCACUUCUCUUUCUGCUCUGGUUAGAGCCCGUUUGUGCUGUUCUCUGAAGGGAGUAGUACACACCGCUGUAGGACAUUUUCAGUUUCUUUGCAAUUUCUCACAUGGAAUAGCCUUCAUUUCUAAGAACAAGAAUAGACUGGCGAGUUUCACAGGAAAGUUCUUUUUUUCUGGCCAUUUUGAGAGUCUUAUCGAACCCACAAAUGUGAUGCUCCAGAUAAUCAACUAGCUCAAAGGAAGGCCAGUUUUAUAGCUUCUCUCAUCAGCAAAACAGUUUUCAGCUGUGCUAACAUAAUUGCACAAGGGUUUUCUAAUCAGAUAUUAGUCUUCUAAGGCGAUUAGCAAACACAAUGUACCAUUAGAACACUGGAGUGAUAGUUGCUGGAAAUGGGCCUCUAUACACCUAUAGAGAUAUUUCAUUAGAAACCAGACGUUUCCACCUAGAAUAGUCAUUUACCACAUUCACAAUGUAUAGAGUGUAUUUCUGAUUGAUUUAAUGUUAUCUUAAUUGAAAAAAACAAUGCUUUUCUUUGAAAAAUAAGGACAUUUCUAAGUGAUCCCAAACUUUUGAACGGUAGUGUACAUACAUACAUGCAUGUGGGGACAAACACAAAACUGUAACAUCAAUUAUUACUCACAAAACUGAAGCCAGAUUCAUUUUCCACAUUAUGCAUCACAUGUUACAUGUAAUUACAACAUUUAACAUCCAACAUUGGUCUCAGCUUUGCUACACAACAUGCACCAUACAUUGGGGAAAUAAAAAGAAAGACGAAAUCCUUGUGAUACUAAAUGAUUUUUCAGUGUGCGAGAUAGAAACAGUGGACGUGAGUUAUUAAAAUCUGGAAAAGAGAUGCAGUAAACUUGAAAAAUGUGUAAAGUGACAUGAAUGACAUCUUAAAGAGAGAUAGGGGUAAAAUAAUAAAUAACAAACUGCAAGUUCUGAAACACAUUCAGACAUAUCCUUACAAUAUGUUAUAAUAAGAUCAUUCGUGUAAAUUAUGUGUAGGUCUAACAAAGUAUGUAUGUAUUUCAUUAUAGUUUAUAAUUUUCAAUAAAAUGACCAUUACAUUUGGGUUAAGAGAAAAUUUAGCUAUUUAUAAUCCAACAGUAGUUGUUCAUCUAAAUGUUCUUCUAAGACCGUAUGUGGGAUAAUGUAAUAAAACAACGUGAUGUUUGGUUGCCUGUCCUCAGCAUCACAGACAGCAGUAAGCCCGCCCCCUCGUCGUUUGAUUGACAUCUCUGAUCCCGAGACAGCAGGGUGGCCAGUCACGCUCUCGCCAUGCAAAUGAGCCGCGCUCGGGCCGGGCGGGUGCCCAUGUGGACCAGCACCAUGCCUUGUUGUUCUGAGCGCUGAUUGGCUGGCCGCAGCCCGAUUGUUCCUCAUGCGCUGCGGGCCAGCGGCGAGAAAGAAAACACGGAGAACCGAUGGGUGGACCGGGCUUCUCUUUCUCGAUUCCCACGGAGACACGCGAACCCACCGUGAGAUCCACUUGAUCCCAACCUUUUUAAACAGAGGUUUCGAUACUGUUCGUGUACAUGUGUACAUUAUUUGGGAGAGUUAACGGUUGGUGCUUAAACGACAGCGCGGAGUCAGCGGGGGCGCUUCGGUCGCCGGGUUUUGCCAGAGGCCGUAGUAACAGGGCGGGGCAGGAACCAGGGAGGGCGGGUCUUAACGAGAACACGACUCGCCUUGUUGUGUGUAUUCCCGUGCUCGCAUCGCCAUCUUGUUGCAAUCCUAUUUUUUUUUUUUUUUUUUUUUUACCUAUGCGAGGAUCUACUUUCCGUUCGGCCGGAUUAAAAAUCGACUGUCUGGUUUCCGGAGAAGCACCGGGGACGAGCAGCUCGGGCCCGUGGGUGUGAACCGUGCACACGGCGCUUCCUACAGGGACGCUACCUACCCCCUCGGUCUUUUUCCUCCUUCCGUCCCGAGCCACCGGUUCGCCUGUCGUGAGGGGUUUACGCGCAAUGAGCAUCGAUACCCUUCUGGAGGCGGCCAGAUAUCUGGAAUGGCAAGCCCAGCAACAACAGAUCACACGUGAAGAGGAGCAGCGCAAAGAGAAGGAGCUCAUCAACAGGGAGGCCGAGUCGAGGCGCGUGGAACUUGUGACCGCGUUGUCUCAGCCAAUCAGAGCCAACCAUGUUGCUUGGGGCAAUGACACUCACAGCCAACAGCCGCACCCCCCUCCUCCCCCCUCUUCCCCACCCACUCAAGUCCCCGUCGCUGUCAUCCCAAUCCUCCCAGUUGUCACGUCGACGCCCUCCGUCCCGCUCCUCCCACUCGCGACGCAGAUUGCGGCGGCGGCGACGUUGCUCAACGGCUCGCCGCCAGUCAAGAACGCUUCCUCCCCGCCGCAGCAGCAGCAUCACGAGCUUCAGCAGCCGCCCUCUCCUCACCUGUUGUGUCCUCACCAGAUUAAGGUAGAGACAAGUCCGCAGCUGAUUGGCGCAAAGCCCAGCCAAUCACCGCCUGAGGUUCAGAUUCAGUACUCGGCCUCCAUCAGCACUAAUGGAGCUGGCUCUCUACACGCACUGGUCCCCCAUCAACUCCCACCUUCAUCUCAGCCACGGCCGAACGGAGUGAUGAUGGAGGAUCUGAGAGGGUUGGAGGGGAAGAGGAGGCCAGGAGGAGCGGGGACCAGAGAGGUGCAUAAUAAACUGGAGAAGAACAGGCGAGCACACCUCAAAGAGUGUUUUGAGAUGCUGAAGAAGAACGUUCCAAAUGUUGAUGAGAAGAAAACCUCCAACCUCAGUGUACUCCGCAGCGCUUUGCGUUACAUACAGACUUUGAAGCGGAAGGAGAAGGAGUAUGAGCACGAGAUGGAGCGUUUGGCCCGAGAGAAGAUCGCUACGCAGCAGCGGCUGGCCGAGUUGAAGAACGAGCUCAGCCAAUGCAUGGACGUCAUCGAGAUCGACCGAGUCCUCCGUCAGACCAUCCAGCCGGAGGACGACCAGGCCUCCACGUCCACCGCCUCAGAAGGAGAAGACAACUUUGAGCAGGACAUCGACGAGGACGUUCCUGCUCCUCCCAAACCAACGCUUCCCAUCUUGCAGGUCCAGCCGCUCCUCAACCACCACCUGUCGAUCCAGCACGCCGCCCCGCCUCUUCCCGGAGUCCUGACCACGCCCUUCUCCUCUGCUCCCCCUCAUGUCAUUGCACCUGCUCUGGCCCCGGCUCCGCCCCCUCCAGAGCCCCAGGCAUUGCAGCUGCAGUCCACCGUGAUCGCUCACGCCGCCGUCUCCCACCCUUCAGUCAUCCAGGCCAUCAACCACAGCCUGCCAGCGAAUCACAAGCAUCUAACGUACAUUGCCCCGUCGCCUGGCCCCAUCUCCUCCAUCCAUCAGCCAAUCGCGGCGGCACCGACCGCCGGCCCUCACCAGCCGAUGGCCGCCCAGCCCAUCGGACACAUCACCGUCCACCCGGUGGCUCAUCUGGGAGGUCCCCUGCCGUCGAACCUCCCGACGCUCUACCCCCAGGGCGUGUCUGUCUCCCAGCCCACCAUGGUGGGCCACAUCACUCAGACCUUCACCCAUCACACCCUGCCGCACGUCCAGGCUCACCCUCAAGCCAACACUAACGGAGCCCAGAUGAACAGCCAGGGGAGCCCGUCGCUAGGGAAACCCACGGCGGUGCUGGCCCCCCACCAUCAGCUGGUGGGACAGGCAACUGUCCUCAACCCCGUCACCAUGGUUACAGUCCCAACUUUCCCCGUCAGCACACUCAAACUGGCCUGAUGGUUAAAAAAAUGAAUAAAAAAGGUGGGACUGAUGGAAGUCAGUUGAAGGAGAGAAAAGCUCCGAACUUCUGGAAUGCGUUUCAACACUCCGAAAAAUAAUCAAUUGCAGAGAAACUCUUGCAGGCAAAAAUUGACAAAGAAAAACAUGAAUUGUUUUUUGGGACAACUUGUGGUAAAUAUCUCCAGAGAUAUUUUGGUCACAGCUCUGUUAGUUUGUGAACAAUAACGUCAAAGCAGUCAGUGGGUCAGGCCAUUGUUUGUGGAAAAUAAGACGCUCGUCUGCGCUGCAGAGACAGGAAUUCUGUUUUACCUUCCUUCCUACUUCUUUCCUUCCUCCUCUCCUUUUACAACCAGAAGCACUAACACAAUAAGCUCAGUUCACACUCAGGCAUCAAGGAUCGUACCGUAACUAUUCAUCCACUCAUCGAGGGAAAAUGAGAGAGUUGCUUGUCGUUGGACUGUUGUCGUGGUAAUUCAAUUUGUGCCCAUUUUUAUACUCGUACUAAUCAUGAUGUCACGUUGAACAAUUCUGGUGGAAUAAUGUCACUGAUGUGUUUGAGAGCAGGAGGGAUUUUAGUGGGCGAAAGUAGAUCCCAUUACAUAGUUGGCUGAAUAGAACUUUUCACUCUUUUAUAUUGCAUCCCGUUUGUUUUUUUGGGCUGUUGUGUCUCCACAAAGUGACUGUUAAUCAAUUUCCAUUUACCUCCAAAUGAAGGUUCCUUGCUACUUCACUUGGUACCACACACCUUGCACAUAGUUUAGCAAAAAAGAAUCAACAGUGCAAUAAUAAAACCAGAUCUUCAGUUCAAAAAGAAGACAAGGAAAACCUCACUGACUUUGGUCACGCGUGUCCCAUUCAAUCUUGUAGUUUGUAUCCACUUUGUCUCUGUUCUUAAAUACGGAGCAACUCCAGAUAACUGCUCCUUAAUAACUAAGGAUGGGUUAAAUGCAGAGAACUAAUUUCCCCUUGGGGAUUAAUAAAAGUGUAUAUUCUAUAUGAGGAGCCGGGUUGAAGGGGAACACUUUGGGCAAUGAUUGCGUGGUUUGCUCAACAGACAGAAUCGUCUGUUUUUACUGGCCUUCUGGAGAUAUGUAGGGACAACAUGACCUUUGCCUGUUGCCUAUUGGAGAUUCAGAGAACGAGUUUAAAAAAAGUAAAUUCAUGCAGUCAGUUAAAAUAUAAAUAGUUGAGACCUUUCUGACAUGAUGCUGAACCAGAAUCUACAAUAUCCCAAACGGCUAAAACGUGUGUGGUGAAUUUAAUGUCGAAGAACGAAAAAGACUCCUGUAGAACUGCUCUCAUACCGUCAGUGGCCGGUAUUCCUGUCGGCUACGCAGGCGUCGGCCUCCUCCCUCUGAUGCAACAGCUCCCUCUGCUGCCUCGGCACACCUCGUGCUGAUGACACCUGCAACACAAACCUCCCGCACAGGCUUUUAAUAUCUGGGGAAAGCGUCGAGAGACAUGUUGAGUGUAAGAGUUCCCUCUUGACCUUGAAGAAGAACAACAUCUUAACUCGAGGAGUGUUCUGCAUUUUAUUACUUAAAGCCACGUGAGAAGAUUGUACGAUUGUGAGAUGUGGUGGCAACUAUUUAAUGGUAGUAAAUGGACCGUGAGUUAAGAUUUUGAUUUGUCAAGCUAGGUGAGAUACAGUUUUCUCAUAAACCAUUGUGGAUAUAGCACAAAGAAAUGUUAAAAGGACUGGAAAGAGUCGUUUUUAGGUUUAAAAUGAGUUUACAUAUUGCAGUUUUGUGACAAUUUGGCAGCAACAUGAUCUUUUGUUGUUCUUCUUUUUAUUUUACAACACACACGAUGCCAAAUCCUCUAAAGAAAAUCUGUUUCAAAAUGUUUUCAUUUGAAAAUGUGAUGUGACACCCACUUUUUCUUGGUCUGUGUCUAUGUGUGAGUGUGUGUGUUCAUGUGUACACACUCAAAGUGUGCAUGGCCUCACAGCCUUCUUGCCAGCCUAUACUUGUCGCACCAUGAAAUCUCCCAUCAUUGUAUGUGUUCGUUGUCAAUGUUGCGUGGAUCUGCGCCUCUGCUGUUUCUGUAUGUUAUGUCUGUAUAUGUGACCGUAUUCAAUAUGUUUUAUAUUCUGUACUCUAGUUAAUCCUACUGUACCUGUAGCAUGGCUGUUUGUUGGUUCUGUGUGUGUGUGUGUGUGUGUGCGUGCGUGGCAAGCGAGAUAUUUUUUUACAGAGGCUAUUUAUGUUAUGAGCCCGUUUGAAUGCUAUCGUGUGUGCCUAUACUCAGUUUUCCUGAACACUGUGACACCUCCGGCAAAACACAAACACAUUGAGCGAAUGCAAGAGACAAAGAUUUACUGUCAUGAUUUUCUUUUUUUCUUUUAUUAUGUUUUUAAUUUUUCCAUUUUGUGAUUUGGACUAAGAUGUGGAGUGGAAAAAGUAAAAAAACAAAAAAAGCUGUUGCUCUUUUCUUGAUAACAUGUCUAAUAUUCAAUUUGACUUUUGUAAUAUUUGUAUUUACGUAUGAAAGAUUUGUGAUGGUAUGCAUGUUUUGGCAUAUGAGUUUUAUGCAUCUUAAGAUUUUAAAUGCUUGUUUCUUUUUGGUUUUGUUUUGCAUGUAGAUUGCUGUUUAGUUUACUUUUUUUUAAACGUUUUGUUUUUCUGUUUAUUUUUGGGACCAUGUACAAUACUGUAUAACGUGGGCAAGCUCUUGGACCUCAUGCUACAUUGAUAUUAUAUAUGAAUAUAGAAACAAGUUUUCCCUAUGGAGAAAGUUUUAAGUUAUAUAUCGCCUGUACACUUUGGGCUGCCUUUUAGAUCUAACUGUCCACUGUUUAAGAUAACAAUGAUGAUAAUGGAUAAAACAUAUUAUUGAUGAAGAAUUAUGCUGAUAAAAUAAUAAAGAUUCUUAAUAAAUCUUAUUACAUUUACAACA